AGGGUAAACAAAAUCGCUUUCAGUAAAGAGUGUGGAUCGUUAAGACAGAUUAGUACGCUAUCAUCCUUCCUGACUAAAAUGGUUGAAUGGUUUAGCCACAAGUACUUUGUUGCAUUGCUGCUGGUGAUUGGUGUCGCCUGCAUCAACGCCGAUAGCACUGAAAAUCCGGAAAUAGACAUGGAAAUACUUGCUUCCCGCAAUCAACUUCAUGACUCCAUGAUUGAUGAGUAUCUUAAAUUAGCUCAAUAUGUUUACGAACGAAGUGCGGAUUUAUGUAAGAAGAUGCACGAUGAAGAUAUAUGCGAGAACGAAACGAGCAAAGAAUCUGAAAACAAAGAAUUUGAGGAAACUGAAGUAGCAGAGACGCACGAAACGGUUUUGAACCAUUGCAUUAAUCAUGUCUAUGAUCGUUUAAAUCCCACAGAUCGUGGUUCUAGUAAUCGUGUUGAGAAAGUAUUAUUACAUAAAUUUGGAUUUGAGGAUAUUCAAAAGGUUGUGGAUCGAAAAUAUGAGGAAUUCUUCAUAGAGAUUGUGCGACAAAUUGAUGAAUAUCUGAAGAGGAUGACACCGGAACAGCAAAGCGGAACGACAGCGCGAAAUCUGAAAGGAUGGUCAAGUAAAAUUACGGAGGCCUCAACUUGGCAUAUAAGAAAAUGGCUUUUAUAUUUUUUAUGCGAUAUUUGAAAUAGGCGUCUAGUGUGUGUGUAGUCUUACAGCACUGGUAAUUAUAUUCAAAAAUAAAAUUUUUGAAAAUGUAAGCAAUU